AUGUCGUAUCCACAGGGAUACUUGUACCAGCCGUCUGCUUCUCUGGCACUGUAUUCGUGUCCAACAUAUAGCUCCAGUGUGAUUUCGGGGUCCCGGACGGAAGAAAUUGGAAGAUCCUCCGCUGGGUCCGCUUUUGCUCCGUAUGCAGGGUCUACGUCGUUCACAAGUCAAGCGGCAGGUUAUAACUCUCUCCCGUACAGCUCUGAGUCGGGUUCCGCCGCUCCGUUCUCUUCCUACGUGGGCUCCCCAUUCGACCAUACGGCAGGCUUGACUGGCUCUAUAGGGUAUCACCCAUAUGCCGGGCCCCUGGGCGCGUACCCAUUUGGAGACCCCGCUUACCGGAAAAAUGCCACCCGAGACGCAACUGCCACUCUCAAAGCCUGGCUGAGCGAGCACCGGAAAAACCCGUACCCCACCAAGGGGGAGAAAAUCAUGCUGGCCAUCAUCACCAAAAUGACUCUCACCCAGGUGUCCACCUGGUUCGCCAAUGCCCGGAGGAGACUGAAAAAGGAGAAUAAAAUGACCUGGACCCCACGAAACAGAAGUGAAGACGACGACGAGGAAGAUAAUAUUGAUCUAGAGAAAAAUGAUGAUGAUGACGAGCCAUUGAAACCCACAGACUUAACAGAGUCUACCAAAGAAUUAGCUGGUCACGACCUCAGUCCAGGGGGAAUACCGUGUGAGAGGUACACACCGAACAACAACAAAGAUGAUGAGGGUGAUGAAACGGUUCACGUUACGAACGGCUCUGUCGCGAGAGACACAGAGAAUCGGACAGCGCCCGAGUCGUCGGAGCCUACGACCUCUUCCCCCCAAAACAUGCCCCCAGGAACUGAUAGGCUUAUGCAGGAGAAGCCUUUGGAGACAGGAGAAACACCGAAGCUCUUAAAUGAAAACAGCAAUGCUACAUCUGUCAUUCAUUCAACCAACUCCACCCACAAACCCAAACUCUGGUCUCUUGCUGAGAUGGCAACUUCGGAUAAGGGGAGUGGCGAACAAUCCCAAACAUCUGGACCAUGUCAGAGUGCCACGGUUGCAACGGCUGCUGGGCGCUCACCUCCCAGGUCACCAGCACAAUGUCCUUUCCCAAACGGCGCAAUUUUAUCCAGACACAUAUACUACACGUCUCCGUUUUAUGCGGGUUACUCGAACUAUGGCACUUUCGGACAUCUUCACGGUAACCAUGGAUCUAACCCGAGUUCAAUAACAAAUCUGAACGGAUUAAAUCAAACGGUGCUGCACAGGGCAGAAGCUCUGGUAAGAGACAGUAAACUUAGAGGCCACACACACGCUGAUAUGUGUAAGGACCUCGUCUUUGAACACAAGAGGAGUAUCUCAAAUGUUUAA